UCCUUGACACACAUAACCUGACUGGACACCUUGAGUUGUAGUCGCAAAGUUGUUCGAAAAGAUGGCUCGUUUCGUGUUGUUCGCUACGGUUCAGUUGUGCGUGAUCCUGCUAUGCCAGGGGAGGACCAUGGACCGCUGCCAGAUAGCUCGUGAGCUCAAUAACCAUGGGCUCCCGCGGCAUCAAUUGGCUGAUUGGGUUUGCCUAGUAGAGGCGGAGAGUUCAGGACGCACCGAGGUGGUUGGUGGGCCUAACACGGACGGCUCGCACGACCACGGCCUGUUCCAGAUCAACGACCGCUACUGGUGCGAGAAUGGCCCCAACCCUGGCAAGGAGUGCAACGUGAGGUGCAGUGAUAUCACGCAAGACGACAUCAGCGCAGCAGUGGGAUGCGCCAAGAAGAUCUUUGGGCAGCGCGGCUUCCAAGCGUGGGUGGCGUGGGUCAACAAGUGCCAGGGCAAAGCCCUACCCGACCUGGGCUCAUGCGGCUUGUAAAUACCCGCCAUUCUGUCCAUAGAGUCACACAGUUGACCACAAAUUGAAAUGUCAAUAUCGACGGUUUAGAGUGAAAACCUCUUAAGUGUAAAAUUCAGUGUUUUAAUCCAGAAAGUAAUUAAUAUGAGAAAAACUGCAUCCCCGAGGUUUCACUCUAAGGCGACGAUAUAGCAAUUCAUAACUUUAUUUAUUUAUCGCGCGAUUAAAAGAAUUGUGAGGCUCUAUCCGACUGUUUAAUUUGUAUGCUGUGUAAGAAAUUAUUCAUUUGGUAAUAAAA